AUGGAAAGGACGACCACUCCCCAGACCGCCACGCAGAUGUUCACUUCCCUCCGAAAAGCUGGACCAGACACUGAGGAACUAUCAAAAGCUGCUGAGAUCUUUGAAUUGACUUUGGUUCUUUUAAAAGAAAGGGCAGGCAGGAGACACAAAAGGUUUCUUGGAGAGUCAGAGAUUCUCACUGUGGAGGAAUUGGAACUGGUAGCAAACUUGUCUGGAUGUCCUCCACCCACUGCAUGUCCUGCAGAAUCCCGCUCUAGUAAAUAUCGCUCCAUUUCUGGCCUCUGCAAUAACAGAAAUAACCCUCACUGGGGAGCAGCCAACUCUGCAUUGGCCAGAUGGCUCCCAGCAGAGUACGAAGAUGCAGGAAGCCAGCCCAAGGGCUGGAACACUGGACAGCUAUACACUGGCUACCAGCUUCCUCCGGUGCGGGAAAUCAGUAAUAAAAUUAUUCAGAGCUCCAGCAAGCAUUUCUUGGAGGAUGAUGCAUAUUCCCAGAUGCUGGUGGACUGGGGCCAGUAUAUAGACCAUGACAUCUCCUUCACCCCUCAGAGCACAAGCAGAGCUGCCUAUUUGGAGGGGCUGGACUGUCUAAAAACAUGUGAAAACGUUAGUCCUUGCUUUCCUAUUGAGAUCCCUCCUCGCGAUAAACUGGCUGGCAGCCGGAGCUGUCUACCGUUUUUCCGCUCCUCUCCUGCCUGCUUAAACGGCAUGACACACAUUCGACGUGAUGGACUCACACAGCCGCCGCAACGGCAACAAAUGAACGUGGCUACAUCCUUCAUAGACGCUUCAACUGUUUACGGCCACAACGAAAACGUACAAAAUGCACUCCGAAACUUGUCAAGCUCCGAAGGCCUACUGGCCGUCAACACCAAGUUCUCAGAGGAUGGUGGUCGCUCAUACCUGCCUUUCGUCCCAACCAUUCCAUCCGCCUGCUUGCAAGACCCCACAGCUAGAGAGGCUGAUCGUGUGGAGUGUUUCACGGCGGGAGAUAGCAGGGUGAAUGAGAUUGUGCCACUGUCUGCCCUACACACACUCUGGGUGAGGGAACAUAACCGAAUAGCAAAAACCCUGAAAAGACUGAAUCCGCACUGGAGUUCAGAGAUCACGUACCAGGAGACUCGCAAAAUCAUUGGAGCACUGCAUCAGAUCAUAACCAUGAGGGAUUAUAUUCCAAAAAUCAUUGGGGAGCAAGCCUUUGAUCAACACAUUGGCCCCUAUGAGGGAUACAACGAUUCUGUAAAUCCCUCCGUCUCCAAUGUGUUUGCGACUGCAGCAUUCCGAUUUGGCCAUGCCACCAUCUCAGCAAAGCUACAGAGGCUUAAUGAGAGCUUCCAAGAACAUGAGCUGUACCCCUCUUUAAAUUUGCAUCAGACCUUCUUCAGCCCAUGGAGGCUUGUCAGAGAAGGGGGAUUAGAUCCAGUUCUGCGAGGUCUUUUAGGCCAGCCAGCCCCUAUGGUGACCCAAGAACAUUUAAUGAGUGUGGAGCUGACUGAGAGGUUGGUGUUGCUCAACGUCUCUGGGGCUUUCGAUCUAGCUGCACUUAACUUACAGAGAGGACGAGACCACGGUUUGCCAGGUUACACUGAAUGGAGAGCGUUCUGUGGAUUGCCACGAGUAGAAACCAGAGCAGAGCUGAGUGAGGUUGUGAGCAAUGAACAUUUGGUUGAGAAAAUCAUGGAUGUGUAUGGGCAUCUGAAUAACACUGAUGUGUGGCUGGGGGGACUAGUGGAGGACCUACUGCCUGGGGCUAGAACUGGUCCUCUCUUUGCAUGCUUGAUUGGAAAACAGAUGAAGAAGCUCAGAGAUGGCGACCGAUUCUGGUGGGAAAAUCCAGGUGUCUUCUCUCCGAGACAAAGACAAGAGCUUCAGAGGCACUCUCUGUCACGUGUUAUCUGUGACAACAGCGGGGUGACAGAAGUUCCCCUUGAUCCGUUCAGGACUGCCACAUAUCCGGAUGAUUUUCAUUUGUGUGAUAAUAUACCAUCUUUGAAUCUAGAAGCAUGGAAGGACGAUCUUAACCAAGAUAAUCCCUGUGGUUUUCCUAUUGAGAUGAUGAAUGGGGAUGCUGUAUAUUGUUACAAAUCUGACAAAUUGAUUGUGUGGGAUUUCCUGUUACUGUGGUUAUAUAUUAAUAGACUGUUUCUACUCCUCAGAAUUGACACAGGCUGA